AUGUCUGAAGAAUCCUCAGCUCCGCACUUGAUCGAUGAAGAUGUGCCUGUUCAGGACCCUAUCCGGGUUCUCAAAGAUCUAACCGCAGGAACUGCAGGAGGAAUUGCCCAGGUGCUUGUCGGACAGCCAUUUGAUACCAUGAAGGUGCGUUUGCAAACAUCACGAACGCCGACAACUGUGGCAACCGUGGUCAAGAACUUGGUGAAAAAUGAAGGCCCUCGAGGCUUCUACAAGGGAACUUUGACUCCGCUGAUUGGUGUUGGGGCAUGUGUGUCGUGCCAAUUCGGCGUGAAUGAAGCCAUGAAGCGGUUUUUUAGCGGUCCCAAGUCCAACGCCACUACAACGCUAACUCUUCCGCAAUACUACGUGUGUGGAUUUGCAGGAGGUGUGGCGAACUCUUUUUUGGCGUCCCCCAUUGAGCAUGUCCGGAUUCGCCUGCAAACGCAGGUGGUAUCUGGUACGGCAGCUGAGUUCAAAGGUCCUCUUGACUGCAUCAAGAAGUUGGCCCAGGCGAAAGUACUGAUGCGUGGACUGGUACCGACGAUCAUGCGCGAAUCUCAUGGGUGCGGAACUUAUUUCUUGACAUAUGAAGCGCUAGUCUCAGACCAAAUCAAGAAAGGUGUUGCGCGGGCUGAUAUUCCUGCUUGGAAAUUAUGUUUGUUUGGUGCUCUUUCCGGUACAGCGCUGUGGCUCAUGGUGUACCCAAUGGACGUUGUAAAGUCAAUAAUGCAAACUGACAAAAUAACAUGUCCAACUUACGGCACGAACGUAUAUCAAGUCGCGAGGACCGUGUAUACUAAAAAUGGGAUGAAAGCAUUCUUCAAAGGAUUUGGUCCCACCAUGAUGAGGGCUGCUCCUGCGAAUGCAGCAACAUUUGCAUCAUUCGAAAUGGCAAUGCGUCUAAUGGGUUAG